AUGGUCUACCCGAGUGCAGUUUCAGAUAUCAGGGCCGUCAAACGGUCCGUAACUCACUCUCGAGCCGUACUUUUCGCAUCAUCACGACUUCUAAGGUCCUCCUACCAACGCCGUCACUUAUGGCGGGGUCCAGGCGAGAGAAUAAAUUACGACUAUCUGGAAAAGCAGAUGGAUAGACACCGACGAUAUUGCCUGUCGAAGCUUCGUGAAAAGCCCGCACGCCCGCGGAAAGCGAACGUGUACGAAAGUCAUCAUCCGUGGUGGUUUCGAGGUUUCGGACCGGGCUAUGAUCGAGAUAAACCUUUUCAAUUUGACCAUCGAAGUGGUAUCAAGGGUGAUUUUUGGGAAGCCGAAAGGUCCCGCAUCAAGGACAGAAUGGACCAGAUCAAGAGAGAGAUUGAUAAUGAUCCAUACGCAGCACUGUUCGGAAGAAGGCUACAGCCAUUCAGCUCAUUUGAGAAGCUCGAUAACGCAUUUACCUCCCUCUGUCGUUCAUUUCUAGGUCUUGGCAAGUCGGAAAGUACCAUGGAUACGACAGCACGUCCGAAGGCCACUGCUGCGGCCUCGAAGGACUCUUCGGAAUCACCCAAGAAGCCAAAUUCAAAGAUGGGUGGUGGGGUUCCAUCUUCAGACGAGGUUGUAUCAGGGAUUAAUCGACCAAGCUACGAAUUCGACCCUGUUAGUGGCCGUAUGAUACCCAAAGGCACUGAGCAGCCCGUCGCUACAGAGGAGGGUUUUCGUGGAAGCGAUAUUGAUGCAUCGGUCGGGAGCCAAAAGCCUCAUUCUGGACCUACUGGCUAUCUAUCGCCCUUUGAAAGAUCAGCCAUAGAAUCUAAGUCGGCGACAGUAUCAGGAAAUGAAAGGGCAGAAGAAAGAUCGCAUCAAGGUGUUGAGGCGGUGCCAGUCGCGGAUGAACCCUACCAAGCUCCUGAGGUACUGAAAUCGGAUCCACCAACAGAAGCUCGCUACAAAGCUUUGGAGCCAUCAAUCGAUGCUUUGAAAGACCAGAGAGAUGUUGCUGAGAAAGUCAACGGUCUCUCAGAAGCGAUCAUGGCCGAUCAACCUAAGCCUCAAGGAGAAUACACUAAUGGCGGCACCUAUGAUCACCUAGAAGCACCAGUCAAUAGCCGCCCGUUUGGAGACCAGCAAAGCCAUGAGGUCUUGAUGAGACCUCCAGAUGCGCCUGGAAGCACUUUAAGUACAGCACAAGAACAGGAAAGGGUGCAAGCUGAGAGGGACGAGGAUCUAGACAUCCUCAGUGCUAGUGAUAUCCGUUCCCAUUACUUGGCCAGGCCCAGUAUUGACCCUGAGAUUGAAAAGCAAAUUCGCCAAUCUUUGGACGAUAGGUUCGAUUCAUUUGUCGAUCCAGCUGGUGACAUCGAUGCUCAAAGCGUUCGAAGCAAGUUUCAAAAGCAUGAGACUGUAGGCGCAGACAGGCCAGAGGUAUCAGAUAUUGGUGUACAGCCCGAUCAACAAACUGCAGAAAGUCGAGAACCUUCCCAGGUACUCCAGGCCAGAGAGCAGGGAUCUGCCCAACGCUUCGAUCAAACUGCUAUCAUUGAGCAGCCGCUCGCUGACAGCCCAUCAACUGAAACCUAUCGAGUCCUUGCCUACGAUCCCUCAACCCUUCAAGUAAACGAAGCGGAGACAAGCUCAUCUUUUCAUGCUUCAGACGAGACCAUUCACCCGGCAGAAAUUCUAGGUCGCCUGAACGCCCCUGCCAAAUUCCUGCCCCAUUUUGCAAGAAUGCGUACCGAUGGCUACGAGAUUGUGUCCGGUGGUGGAGAUAUUCUUGUAUUCAGGAAAGCCAGCAGUUCUGUACAUGACAACGCCCCUUCUAAGGCCGCAGACAAGAUCGAAACAAGCCCUGACGGCCAGAACAACGGAGCUCUGAAACAGUCUACAUCACCUAUCCAGCUGUCGCAGGAGCAUAUCUCCAGCCAAGCUCCUGAUCAUGAGGUCCAAUUGUCAGACGGGACUUCGCAAGCUCAAGGAUCUUCUUACUCUUCUUCGAAAGGCCAAUCCAGAGUUGGCCAAGCUUUGCGCAGGAUGCUGUUCAGUGGCGUGGCUACUGCGGGGACAUGCUACGCCAUAAGUGUUGUAGUCGAAUACUUCCGCACGGGAGGACAGGAUGGUCGGGGUAUCGAUGCUUUUACGGCCUUUGAGUCUGAGCGGCGCCAUGGAGACUGA